CUCUUCGUCCCAGGCCAGAGCCCGAGCGCCGUGGAGGAUGUGUUGGAUGCUGAGAACAAGCGCAUGGCAGACAGUCUCGCCAGCAAAGUCACCAGGCUGAAAUCGCUGGCCUUGGAUAUUGACAAAGAUGCUGACGAGCAGAACCAUUAUCUGGAUGGCAUGGAUUCAGAUUUUAUGAGUGUGACUGGCCUGCUGACCGGCAGCGUGAAGCGGUUCUCCACCAUGGCCCGGUCAGGGAGGGAGAAUCGCAAGUUGCUCUGCUACGUUUCUGCAGGACUGGUUGUCGUCUUCUUCGUCCUCUACUAUCUCGUGUCAAAAGCAGGCACUUGAGCAUGGUUUUCGUGCCAGAAAUUUUACAGACCAAAAAUCAUGUGUUGUUCAAUGGACUUAUUGAAAGCCUUUUUCAUUCUGCCCUGUUGUGGAGUCUUUGAGACAUUCCAAGCAGUCCAAAUAACUUUUCGGUUCCCCAGCUUACUGUCAUUGAUUGGGCUGCUCUUGGGCUGUCUCUAUAAAAUGAUUAUGUUUCAUUCUAAACUGACUUUCACAUGUAAAAUGACUUUGAUGUUGUUAAUACCUAAACUUUCAUCUCUUGCCUUGUUGUCCAUGUCCUUCAGCCUAUUUUCAAAGGCUGCUUUUGUG